CCGCUGCCGGGGCGACCAUUUCGACGAGGUUGUUGAGAUUCCUUGUCUGAUGGUACGAAUCAAAGAGCUGUUGCAAGUUCGCUAGGGUGGAGUAAUUGCGUUUACUGAGCAUGGACCCUGUAGCUAUGUUUGCAUCGGAGCUAGGCGUUGUUUCGGACUUUGAGGUCGAUGGCAUCCAGAACCUCACCGAGAAUGAUGUCAGUGAUGAGGAGAUUGACGCUGAGGACCUAGCUCGGCGAAUGUGGAAAGACAAGGUCCGGCUCAAGAGGAUCCAGGAGAGGCAGCAGAAGCUCGCUCUGCAGCAUGCGGAAGCAGAGCUGGAGAAGUCCAAGCCGAAGAAGAUGUCUGAUCUGGCCCUCCGCAAGAGGAUGGCAAGAGCGCAGGACGGGAUCCUCAAGUACAUGCUCAAGUUGAUGGAAGUGUGCAAUGCGCGGGGGUUUGUCUACGGGAUCAUUCCUGAGGAAGGUAAGCCUGUCAGUGGAGCAUCAGACAAUAUUAGAGCUUGGUGGAAGGAGCAGGUGAAGUUUGAUAAGAACGGGCCAGCAGCAAUUGCAAAAUAUGAAGCCGAGAACCCCACGUUGGUUAACGAUAAGAGCAUUGGAGCCAUGAACCAGCAUAGCUUGACGGAUCUCCAAGAUUCCACUCUGGGCUCAUUGCUUUCAGCGUUGAUGCAGUACUGCAGCCCUCAGCAGCGCAAGUACCCACUGGAUAAGGGCAUUCCACCCCCAUGGUGGCCGACAGGGAAUGAGGAGUGGUGGGCUGAUUUAGGCCUUCCGAAGGGUAAAACACCUCCAUACAAUAAACCACAUAACCUUAAGAAGGUUUGGAAGGUUGGUGUGCUGACGGGUGUGAUCAAACACAUGGCACCAAACUUUGAUAAGAUCAGAUAUCAUGUGCGGAAAUCAAAGUGCUUGCAGGACAAAAUGACUGCAAAAGAGACCUUGACUUGGCUGGGUGUUUUGCAAAAGGAGGAGAAUUAUUCCCGCAGUGUUGACUCUGCUUUAUCAGAGGUUACUCACCAUUGUGAUCUAGGGGACAAAGAUGACAACCUAUAUAGCAGCUGCGGUGAGUAUGAUGUCGUCUGCACUGAGGAGCCUCCUCAGUCUACAACAUCCAAAGACGACGUUGGAGCUCAUCAGCCAGCUGUGCAGAUCAGAGAAGAGAAUGUCUCAAGCAGAGGGAACAGAAAACGUCAUGAUAAACACUCUACUCAAACGCCUCCUAGUAAUAAGCAAACUAAUGAAUCACGCAAGCGAAAAAGACGUCCUGGACAGUCUCCUGUUUAUGAGGCUGAGGUUGAUGGGACACAAAGAAUCAAUAAUCCGUCAGAGGUUUUGAUCAAUGUGAUUCCUGACAUGAACACAAAUCAGAUGGAGGUGCAGUCUGUGGCGAACCAGCUGACAAGCUUCAAGCAUGUCAGCACAAGUGAAGCUUUGCAACAUCAAGGAGAUGCUCAAAGGAACUUCAUAUCUCCUACUGAUGUGGUUAAUAACUAUAACCAGGUUGCAAAUGAAACUACUUCAAGCAUUUAUAUGGGUGACCAGCCUUUAGCUUGUGAAAGCAGUGGUUACACAAAUUCAUGGUCUGGAAAUACUUUUCCACCAAAUGUUUAUCUUGGAUCUAUGGGUUUUAGUUCUUCUUCACUUGAUUACCAGACUUCAGCUGCAAAACAGUCACUCCCUGUAACUGUGGAUAGUCAUGUGCCUGGCAUGGGAACAGAAGCUUUGGUUGAGAACAGUUCUUUUAGUCAUCAUAUGGCAGGUAGUGGGAAUUCAACUUCUGUUGCCGGUGACACAAAUCAGAUGAUGAGUGAUGAUUUUUAUAUUAACCCUGAUGAUAAGUACAUAGGCAGUUCUUUUGACGGACUGCCUUUGGACUUCAUUGGUAUUAAUAGUCCAAUCCCUGACCUCGAUGAAUUGCUGGAUGACGAUGAUUUAAUGCAAUACCUGGGAACAUAAUAUAGGUAAUCCCUGAUCUUAUCUAGCUAUUUUUCUCACUUAGAUCUACCUUUUGUUUAAUAUAAUAUGCUAUAUUGCUAUUACAAUUUAUGUAAUAAUGCCUGUGCCAUCUCUCUUCAUGAGCAAUUAUAUGUAGCUAGAUUCUAAAAUUUUCUAUAUCCAUACUUGUGAGAUGUGGGGUUGGUUUAAGAUCAAAUUAGCUAAUCUCUAUGAAUAUGAUGUCCGGAAAAGAAAGAUUGUGUUUCCUCUGGUGAAUUCACAAGUAUUUGAGCUGAGUUGCUGAGUGUUACUCCUGCCACACAAUGA